GCAACGCGGAAGUGAGUGAGCGACAACGACAUAGCGAAGGAAACGUUAUUCCUGAGAAAUAAGUUUCGUUCUUGGGGGUUUUGGGAGAUUUCUGAGAACAUGGUUCGGUGUUUCCUGAUCCACACCGUGUGCCCCAUCAGCGCUCUGUCUGCCGGGGAGUGUCGGGUGCUGUACUCCCGGGUGUUCGGUCCGGAUGAGACGGUUCUGUCCGAGGAGCUCCAGGAGCUGAACCCGGAGGAGAGGAGGCUGCUGCAGAAGGAGAAGGUGGCUGUGGUGGCGAGGCAGGUCCACAGCGCCGUCACUUUGUCCCGGGAGGCUUCGGGUCGGCAGCUGGUGGAGAUGGUUCCGGGUGAGGAGGUUCUGGCCCUGCAGGACGCCGACAGCGGAGUGGUGAGGCUGAGAGCCGGAGACCCCUUCAACGAGGAGAUGAGCGUCCUGUGGCUCGGCGUCCACAGUCUGGGCUUCGCGAUGGUCUGUGAGCCCCACGAGAACCUGCUGCUGGCCGAGGGAACCCUGAGGAACCUGAGCCGACACUGCCUGGAACAUCUGCACAUGCUGGGGCCCGGCAGCGAGGUCCUCCUGAAGAGCAGCCGGAUCGAUGUUCUGCUCAGCCGCCUGCUUCCUCACGGCCAGCUCCUCUUCCUCAACCACCGCUUUGCCCAGAGUCUGGAGAAGGAGGUAGCAGCUUACAUGGCCAAAUGAACCCAGUUGUCAUUUUCGUUGUGGCCGACUCUACCUGCCUGCAGUCUCACUUCUAGUUUCAGCUCAGUUAUUAGCUAGCCCUAAGUGCCGGCUUUCAAACCAAAACAAACGCCGGCCGCUGUUUACCUUCGGUGACAUUUGUGCGUCAGGUGAAGAGCGGUGGACUACCGGGCUGCUGCUGCUGCUGCUGCUGCACAACGUGUGAACACACAGGGAGGUAAAUAUCUCCCUCAGCCACUCGCUGCAGCUCACUGCUGGCUGUUUACUGUGUGGGAGGCUUCACUUCAAAUCCUGUUUGUCAAAUUGAAGAGUGGGAAGGAAAAUGUGGCAGAUUAAAGAGUGCAGCUGAAGAGGCCAGUUAAGACCCACUUGUCAGCAUCAAAGUCGGCUAUUUAUCUGAUUCACCGUGCUCGAAAUGUCACAGUGUGACCUUGGGAAACCAGACUUGAUGUGUUAUUUUUGUGUUUUUUAAGAAUUCUGGGAGUAUAAAUGAAUCUCAAAGUGCCUUAUUGUGACUUCUAAAGGACCUUCUGAAGAGGAGGAGCGAAGCAGAAUGGAAUUCCUUUUUCUUUUUUUUUUUAUUUUUGCAGUACAAAGUAUGAAUCAUCUCAUAGUUGUAAACAGCAGAAACAGAACAAUCAAAGAUCAAAGUCAGACCUGUUUAACAACCAAAUCUAAGCUCAAAGUUGUCAUAGUUAAGCAAAUAUGACUUUAUUCUACAUAUCUACUGUAAAAAAAAAUUGCUAAAAGUAAACCAAACUAAGUUAAAAACUAAACAUUUCAUGACUGAGAAUGUCUGUGACUCAGCUGCAACCAGACAAAAAUUGAAAUUCAUUUCGGCUGAACUGCAGCCUGUGUAGGUUGAUUUAAGUUUGGAAGCAAAUUAGACAGAUUGGAGAGCAAAAUAGGAUGGACUUCAUCAAUAAAAAUAAAUGCAGCAUGGCUUAAAACUGGAAUACAGAGCAGUAAGUUGCAGGAAGAUACAUUCAGCAUGGUGAAACAUCUCUCUGGAGCUGAUAUGUAGAGUCGUAUGAACACUGCAGACAGCGAAAUUGAACAAUAAACGUCAGACCUGGUUACCAACCAAAUCUAAGCUUAGAAUUGUGAUAUUUAAUAAAAAAAAAUACUUUAUUCUGCACAUAUACUUUAAAUAUUAUCCAAAAGCUAACCAGACUAAGGGAAAAACAAAACAUGUUACAACUGAGAAGCUCAGUGACUCACCUGUGACCAGGCAAAAAAUUGAGAAAUGUUUCGGCUGAAUUGCAGGCUGUGUAGGUUGCCUUAAGUAUGGAAGCAAAUUGGACAGAUUGGAGAGCCAAAUCAGACAAACUUGAUCAAUAAAAACAGAUGCAACGUGGCUUUAAAAUGUAAUACAGAGCAGUAAGUUGUAGGAAGAUACAUUCAUCUUUCUGGAGUUUAUAUUAUAAAGUUGUGUGGAAAAUGCAGAGUUUUUAGAAGCUGGAAAAAUGUGAACAUUCAAAUAUCUAAAGCCUAUGGAGACGCUAUUUUAUUUUCCAGUGUUGGUAAAAGCUGUGGGCACUUUGAAAAUAUAUUGUGACUUCUAAAAGACCUUUCUGAAGAGGAGGAGGGAAGCAGAAUGGGAUUUUGUUUUCUGUUUCUUCACAGUACAAAAUAUGAAUCAUCUCAUAGCAGCGAACAGCAGAAACAGAGCAAUCAAAGUCAGACCUGUUUAACAACCCAAUCUAAGCUCAAAGUUGUCAUAUUUAAUCAAAAAAUAGUCAUAUUAUAGUCAUGUUUAACGUAGCCUAUACAGCCAGCUUCUGCCAACGCUACAUAGUUUGUUUAUUCGCUCCAAAGCAGUUUUUAUGGAAAGAAGUCUAAUUUGCAUUUUAAUUUUUAAGAAGUUUGUUGCAAUGUUUCAAAAGUUUGCUUCCAAUUUGCCUGACAUUUACAUGGAAACGGCUGCUUUUAUGUUCUAAAUGAAGAAAAGGCUUUUCUGUUUUCAUAAACGGCAAAAGUCUCUCAAAUUUUCUCAGAUGUUUAAAGCACUAAAAAGCCUUUUUUAGUGACGUCGUACCUUCUUCACAACUUUAAGCAGUGUGGUAGCAGAGAAUUGGCUGAGAAAUUUUAUCAUUGAUGUUGAGGAAAGUUUUCACUGAACUUUCAAACUCAAAUGCAAUUUACUUUUAAUUAUUAACCACUACUUCAUACCACAAGUUGUCACUGCGCAAUUCAUAUAGGAGAAUAAAUAGCUAGCUUAUAUCAUCUUAUAGAGAGAAACCCAGCCUUGGUUUUGAGUUGUGGCAUCACAGGAGUGUAAAAAGGAGUCAAAAUCAGGAGUGCAACUUGAAAUAAAUGGUCAAAACACAGCAAAUAAAUAAAUAAAUAAAUAAACAUAAAAGAAAAUAGUCCUUGUAAUCUUUGUUAUGGUGCUUCAGAAAAGAAAUAAGUAUAGCGAGACCUUCAGGACGCCAUAAAAACACUCUGCGUUUGAUUUGAUUGCACUGCAGGAUGUGUAGGUCGGUUUAAGUAUUUAAGCAAAUUGGACAGAUUGGAGAGCAAAAUCAGACAAACUUGGUCAAUAAAAAUAGAUGCAGCAUUGCUUAAAAAUGGAGUACAGAGCAGGAAGUUGUAGGAAGAUACAUUCGGCAUGGUGAAACAUCUCUCUGGAGCUGAUAUGUAGAGUCAUGUGGAAAAUUCAGCGUUUUCAGAGGUUGAAAAACUGGAUAUUCAAAUAUUUAGAACAUGUGGAGCCACUAUUAUAUUUUUCAAUGUUGGUAACAGCUGUGGGCACUUGGAAAAUACAUUGUGACUACUAAAAGACCUUACAUUUUGUUUUUUUCCCAGCAGUACAAAGUAUGAAUCAUGCCAUAGCAGCAAACAGCAGAAACAGAGCAAUCAAAGAUCAAAGUCAGACCUGUUUAAUGUCACUCUGAAAUGUCGCGGUUCCUUAGACGUCAAGGACAAUGGAAAAGGCGGAAAAUGACGAGACCUAUUCUAAAACCCGCAUGGGAUGAACGCAGGGAAGCCGGCACGCAAAAUACAGAGCAAAUCAGGAAACGAUGACAAGAACGAGUACAACAGAAACAUCCUGACACGACAGAUAAAAUAUGUAUACCUGUUAUCUUGUGAACAUCUGUUGUGCUUCACAAUCCCACUCCUCCUCCUGGCCUCAUAAAAGCUCCUUAAACCCCAGUUUUUGUGUUGGCAAACGAACCUCCAAACCCGGAGCGGUGAUUUUUUAUUUAUUUUUUGACUUUAAGGGGGAGGGCCGGUUCUGUCUGGAUGCCAGCAUCAGCUGCUUUGAUCUUCUCCUUUUUCUGUAUUAAAAAUAAAACUAAUUUCUACUGUUA